GGGGCCACGGCGUCCAAACUCGAGGUAGAACUGGUCAGUCGUCACUGUUGUAUUCCUGCAGCAACUAACGUCUCCUACGAGGUCAAACAAGCGCCAGACGCCCGGUCGACAUGGCUGACAGCAGGGACAAAGCUACGGAUCAAAUGAAGACGUGGAAGGAGAACCGGGCCCGUCAGAGGCCCGACACACUGACCACAGGGGCCGGCCAUCCCAUCGGAGAUAAGCUGAACCUGCAGACUGCAGGACUGAGGGGGCCUCUGCUGGUCCAAGAUGUGGUCUUCACUGAUGAGAUGGCCCACUUCGACCGGGAGCGAAUCCCAGAGAGAGUGGUGCACGCCAAAGGGGGAGGCGCGUUUGGCUACUUUGAGGUGACUCACGACAUCACUCGCUUCUGCAAGGCCAAGGUGUUUGAACAUGUGGGCAAGACCACGCCCAUCGCUGUCCGCUUCUCCACCGUGGCUGGCGAAUCGGGAUCCGCAGACACGGUGCGAGACCCCCGAGGCUUCGCAGUCAAGUUUUACUCUGAGGAGGGCAACUGGGACCUGACUGGAAACAACACCCCCAUUUUCUUCAUCCGGGACAGCAUGCUGUUCCCGUCCUUCGUCCACUCCCAGAAGCGUAAUCCUCAAACCCACAUGAAAGACCCUGACAUGGUGUGGGACUUCUGGAGCCUGAGGCCCGAGAGUCUGCAUCAGGUGUCUUUCUUGUUCAGCGAUCGAGGUCUGCCCGAUGGCUUCCGCCACAUGAACGGCUACGGCUCCCACACCUUCAAACUGGUCAACGCUGAUGGCGAGCCUUUGUACUGCAAGUUUCACUUCAAGACUGAUCAAGGAAUAAAGAAUCUGUCAGUAGAGGAGGCAGACCGCCUGGCAUCCACCAACCCAGAUUAUGCCAUCGGAGACCUGUUCAACGCUAUUGCCAAUGGCAACUUCCCAUCCUGGACGUUCUUUAUCCAGGUCAUGACCUUCGAGCAAGCUGAGGAGUGGGAGUCCACCCGCUUUCAUCUCAGCAUGGUUUGGUCCCACAAAGAAUACCCUUUGAUUCCUGUGGGAAAGCUGGUACUCAACAGGAACCCAGUCAACUACUUUGCAGAGGUGGAGCAGCUGGCCUUCGACCCCAGCAACAUGCCACCAGGCAUUGAGGCGAGCCCCGACAAGAUGCUGCAGGGUCGUCUCUUCUCCUACCCAGAUACACACCGCCACCGGCUCGGCGCCAACUACCUGCAGAUCCCCGUGAACUGCCCCUUCAGGACCCGGGUGGCCAACUACCAGCGGGAUGGUCCAAUGUGCAUGUUUGACAACCAAGGUGGCGCUCCAAACUACUAUCCCAACAGCUUCAGUGCCCCAGAGGACCAGCCGCGGUUUGUGGAGUCUAAGUUCAAGGUGUCUCCAGAUGUGGGGCGCUACAACAGCGCAGAUGAAGACAAUUUUACACAGGUUCGCACCUUCUACACGGACGUCCUGAACGAAGAGGAGCGCCAGAGACUCUGCCAGAACAUGGCAGGGGCCCUGAAGGGAGCCCAGCUCUUCAUCCAAAAACGCAUGGUUGAGAACUUGAAGGCGGUCCAUGCGGACUAUGGAAACCGGGUUCAGACCCUUCUGAACCAGAACAAUGCGGUGGAAAAGAAGAACACUGGUGUGCACGUCUACAGCCGUCCAGCAGCACCGUCCAAGAUGUGAUUACUUACAUUUCUACCUUUGCUAGCCCAUGAAGACUAAUCACACCAGUUGAUUACAAUGACAAGUGAUAAUUGUUUGUAUUAAUUACUCAGGUUUUGUGUGUAUUUCUAUGUUAUUAUGAACCGACUCUUUUCUUUGCCAGAAGUAAGAAAACAAACGCAGUGAUUUAAAAUGUCUUGUCAACAUUAAUCUUCAGUCUUAGUUUAAAUUGGUAAAAUACCUUCAUAUGUAAUGCAUCAUCAUCAUCACCUCACGGCUGUGCUGAUAUUACUGCUUCCUUCCACCACGAGCAAUGAUCAGUUUUCAGGAAAAAAAUUGCAAACCGUUUUUUGAACUCAAUGGUAAAACUGUUAUUAUUUCCUCUUUAUGUUUUGCAUAUCUAGUGAGAUAUUCAGUUGAUAAAAAGCAAGGUUGAAGAUGAGGCUUUGUUUCCAUUACAGCUACAACAAUAGUGCCUUUUGUGGACUAAAACAACCAAAUACUGAUAUUUUGACCUUUUUCAGACUAGAAGAAUGACUUCUGAAUAGCUUACAGUUUGUUUGUUUUCAACAUGUCUUCAUAUGUAGGAAGAUUAAUAACCUAAUGAUCAAACAUGUAACUUUACAGUUAAUAUAGAUUAAGUUCUGGUCUCAAAUUGUAUAAUGCAUACAUAAUCAUGAAAUGUGCUUUAACUGCAUGUUAAAAAUCCUGACAAACUUUGUAGUAGUGUUUUUAUUUCAGACUGAAAGAUGACAAUUAGUGUUGUUUGAGAACACAAUGAUCCACAACAGGAUGUACAUAUCAGAGGUAUGACUGUCAAUGUUACCAAUGUUUCAUUAAGGUUGUGGACCGUGUUGAGUGCCUGUAUUAAUGAACUUCUAAUCAAAGUUUAUAAGCAG